CUGUGCUCGGUGGCCAGUGGUGGUUGCAGCUGAACAACAGUAACAAUGCAGAGCAGAGGCAGUGCGUCGAGGCCGAGCGCCAGCCGAGCCAUGCGCGGCUUGCUGCUGCUGAUGCUGCUCGUGUGCUUGAUCGACUGCUCCACAGAGCAGAGAAUUAACAAUAGAGCUAGCAAGGCAUCGAAUCUUAUUCAGAAAGUCAACGGGUGGCGAAGCCAGCGCGGAGGUUCCUGUUUAAGUUACGGACACUCUUGCUGGGGAGCGCACGGCAAGCGGUCCAGCAAGCCGCCCGCGGCCGCGCCGGACUGGUACAUCACCAGGAUCCUGCGACGGAUGGCCGCCGGCAGCGAACUGAACCGCGCAAAACAACUGGACAGUCAAAACGAUGACGCCAUCUACCGGGUGGAGGAUGACUCGCCCUUGAGCAACAGGUUUAUAAGCGAUAAUGAAGAGCUUCCUACAGAGCAGGCGGCGAAAGGUCUCGAAGCGAAGCCUAUGAUAGACGAUGAUGCACUUUCCAAAAUGAAAUUAUGGCAACUCAUGAGGGCAACGUCAGAGGAAAACUGAACAGAGAACGCAUGGACUGAGCACUCUCCAUUGUUUCCUACCCGUGGCCGAAAAUAUCCAAUUUAAUUGCAUUAUUGAAUACUCCACCGAAAGGUCAAUUGUAAGGCUGGGCUGCAAUUGACCCUUGUAAUAUAUAGAAUAAGUUACUUAUUAAUGAAUAUACCUUUAUUAUAUACUUACUUUAUACUUCUUCACUUCCUAUUUUAUAUAAUAAUAAUGUUGUUGGUUAUUAUAUAUUAUCAUAUAUUUUAAAUAAAUCAAUUUCUUAUUGUUAAGGGUUUGAGUAAUGUUGGUAGUUAGGUUUAAUUGCCUGUAGGACCUGACACCUAAGUUAAUUCUCAAAAAUAACGUAAUAAAAUUCCGUGUUUUAAAUUUUUUUCUAAGCCAAGGAAUGAAGACAAAAAUCUUUCUUAUUAAUUUGGAAAUACACUUUGCAGUUGAAAAAAUAACCCUCUAUCGUAAAUUUUGUAUUGUUUUUUUAUUCAAAUCUAAAAAAAAUCUAUAUUGUAUACGAAAGUUAAAAAGGUUUAAGGUAUAGAAAAAAACCUUAAAAAUAAUGUGCUUUGGCUCAAUGUGUGUACAUUAUCUUAAUUGUAGGUAAGUAUAAGUAAGGACAAUUACUGUAUUAUCAAGUGAUGUUGUAACUUCUAGCAAGUUUUAGAAGGGCGCACGGUUUACACUUCACUGCAAGUUGGUGUUCACUACUGAAAAAUAAUAAAUGGCCUGAAAUAUA